AUGACAGGUGUGCUGACACUUGAAACCAUGGCCAGUGGAGAGGGAUAUGGGCCAAGGAACUGUGUGGUGUGUGGAGACCGAGCCACAGGCUAUCAUUUCCAUGCCCUGACGUGUGAGGGCUGCAAAGGCUUCUUCAGGAGAACAGUCAGCAAAACCAUCGGUCCCAUCUGUCCCUUCUCUGGAAGCUGUGAGGUUAGCAAAGCCCAGAGACGCCACUGUCCAGCCUGCAGGUUGCGGAAGUGUCUAAACGCUGGCAUGAGGAAAGACAUGAUACUGUCAGCAGAAGCCUUGGCGUUGCGGCGAGCCAGGCAGGCACAGCGGCGGGCACAGAAAGCAUCUUUGAGUCAGGAGCAGAGAGAGCUGGUCCGGACCCUCCUGGGGGCCCAUACUCGCCACGUGGUCCCCAUGUUUGACCAGUUUGUGAAGUUCAGGCCUCCAGAUUAUCUGUUCAUCCAUCACCGGCCCUUCCCUCCUCUGGUCCCCGUGAGGCCUCUGCUCACACACUUUGCAGAUAUUAACACUUUCAUGGUGCAGCAGAUUAUCAAGUUCACCAAGGACCUGCCCCUUUUCCGGUCCCUACCCAUGGAGGACCAGAUCUCCCUUCUCAAGGGAGCAGCUGUGGAAAUACUGCAUAUCUCACUCAACGCUACUUUCUGUCUUCAAACACAGAAUUUCUUCUGUGGGCCUCUUUGCUACAAAAUGGAAGAUGCAGCCUAUGUAGGGUUCCAGGGGGACUUUUUGGACUUGAUCAUUCGCUUCCAUGGGACACUGAAACGACUGCAGCUCCAGCAACCUGAGUACGUGCUCCUGGCUGCCAUGGCCCUCUUCUCUCCAGACAGGCCUGGACUGACCCAGAGAGAAGAGAUUGAUCAUCGGCAAGAGGAGAUGGCACUGAUCUUGAACAACUACAUUAUGGAACAGCAGUCAAGGCCCCAAAGUCGGUUUCUGUACCCAAAGCUGAUAGGCCUGUUGGCUGAGCUCCGGAGCAUAAACAAUGGAUACUCUGAUGAAAUCCAGCGCAUCCAGGGACUGUCUGCUAUGAUGCCACUGCUUGGGGAAAUCUGCAGCUGAGGCCCAGGCUUGCUUCCUUCCC